GCUCAGGCGAAGGGGAGAAAGAGGUUGCCCAGAGAGGAGACAACCCAGGGCUUGAGGAGCCUGGGUAUGCGGUUUAUUUUUCUUCUCGACAAAGACACACACUGUCUAAACUGUGUGGUGGUUGUUAUUAAGGAGCUGCUGUAAGAGGGAAAAAUGUAUUUAAUAAAAGGCCCAGUGUUUGUGGUCUUCUUGGGCUUGCUGCUGAGCUUUGGAAAUCUGGAGGUGUGACCAGUUUUCAGCCUUCAAAACCAAGAUGAACUGCCCUUGAGAAGGGGUGGUCAGAGGCGAAACAUGUUCUCACUCUCUCUCCUGAGCCGGGGACAUGGGAAGUUGGUCCAGAACAAACAGAAGUUAGAAGUCUAUCUUGAACCAGAGGAUUACUUGAACUGGAAGUCCCCAGAAGAUUAUGUAUUGGUGGGAAAGCCUGAGGAUGAGGACAAUGCCAACCAGCACUCCUGGAGCCUCUUUCUUCCUAAAACUUUCAGCACUAGGAAGGGUGCCCUGAUCCUCUAUUCAGAAGGUUUGGCCAUAUCAGCAUGGACACCCGAAGAGAUGAGAAAAGGCUCCUACCACUCCAAAGGUCACGGGAGGAGGCUGCACACAGUCCAAGACCUCAAAGAAGCCAUCCUGGCAUAUGGAAGGAAACAGAGGGAGCAGGACAGAGCCUGGCAACCGUACCUCUACUUCCGAAGCCAACUGGAGAGCCAGGCCCAACGGCAGGUUCAGCCUGGGUACUCAGCCAAGAGAUACCUCCAAGGCCUCUUGCAGACGUGGUCCCCUGACACCGUGUACAGGCUCCAACGUGCAGGAUACAUCAAGAAUUCUGUGCUGCUCCAGGACAGUCAACUCAAUGUACCAAAGAAUCUCAGGCCACAACAGGAUCUUUCAGGUGUACCCACAAAAUAUCAUCUCCUGCCUGUCUUCCCUCCAUUUUGGAUUCAACAAGGAAAAUCUUUUGAUCAAGGUCAACAGGGCCCGGAUGAAGGGGAAGCUGGGGCUGGUGGACACGUGGACCAGGGCUCUGUAGCCAAGAACCGCAUCAGUGAGGGGACUCACUUGCGGCCACUCAGGAAGCAGCCCUGGCAGGAAGAUGAAACCUGGGCAGAGGACACGGCAAUAGAGAAUUAUCUGCGUUUGUAUGCUUCAAAAGAAAGCCACAAUGAAAAGACACGGAAAACCUCCAGGAAGUCCUUUGGGCGUGCCAGCGUGGACCCUUCUUGGCUCCUGAGUGACAAAUCUCACAUUACAUUCUAUGGAAGUGCCUUCCCCAAUAGGAAGGCAGAUUUUAGUGACAAACCAGGGACUAUGAAACUCCACAAGGCCAGAAGUGGCCACUUGUUACGGGAGCCUCCUGCUAAAAGAUGCCUUUUCCCUUCUGUAGCAUCUGCUACUGGCUCAGAGAAAAACACCCCUGGGGACGUGAAAAAGAAAAAGGCACCAAAGGCUUUGAAAUUACCUUCUAUCUCAGAAGAACCACCCAGAGUCCUGGACCCCCUGAGGAGCCAAUUUAAAGCCAAUGAGCCCCCAACAGAGCUCUUCAUAGUCCCAGUGGAGAUUCAUUUCCACACCCAACAUCCCCCAAGAGAAAAAGCCUGCAGAAGAGGUGCUUCACGCCCUGAGUCAGACCCAGAAACAGAAGUAGAGGCCAGGCCUUUAUGGAGGCCUCCUCUGAAGCAUGAGUCCUUGGAAAGGCCACAGGAGAUAACGGUCCAUCUCCCAGUGGACACAGGAACGGACAGGGACAACUUCCCGCCUCAAGAUGAUGAUGCCCUGCCCCAGAAUGUGGCCCCACCACUGGGUCUUCUACCCCCGAUUAAAGCAAGAAAAAGUCUGGAGAGCCAGAGGGACCUGGACGGGGGCCCCAGGACAUCAGGCUGCAGCAGCCCUCCAGGUCCCCUGAAUGCAAGAGCGCCCAGGAGGGCACCACCAGCAGGACAAGAAGAUUCCAGAGACCCCACACUGCGACACUUCUUGCUGGGUCCAGCUGGAGAGAACGACUGCCUGUCCCUCCCAGGGCCUACCCAAACCGAGGUGCUUUCAUCAGGUGAAGCAAACACUGAAUCCAGAGCCAACCUUCACAUGAAUCUUCAUGAAACCUCACCUUUGACCCAAACAACAGAAAAACAGGGAGCCCAGCAGUCCUUGGAGGCAGCAGCUCAGAAGACAGGAGAGCCUCAAAGUUGUAUAAAUAAAAGGCUGAUAUGUUCAAACGGAAAAGAAUUUUACACACGCAAGCUGCACAUCGACAUGACGCCGUUCCUGAAGGACAGUGGAGAUGCACUGGACUAUCAUGAAGAACCAGGCGAAGCCCCCAGAGAAAGUCAUCAAGACAGCCAAGACCCAGAGCCAAGAAGUAUGAGUCUUGACUCCCUCAGUGCUUCCCCGGCUGAGCACAUCCAGACCACUGAGGCAGACACUGUGCAAAAGGUGGGCAGAGAUUAUGAUGUACAUCACCUGCACAGAGGACCUCCAGGACAUGGGCUCGAGUCGCCAAAGAGGUUAGGUGCUGUGGACACAUCUCUUCUUCCAAGAGAAAGAAAAGGGAAAGCUGAACCAAGACUGUUCAGCCAGCAGACAUCAGCCAGCAUCAGUCAUGAGAGGGAGCUGAUUGACAAAGCCAAGGGAAAGAAAAGAACCAAGCCAGACAAGAUCAAAGCACCCGAAAGGGAGCGAGAAAGACAGGUCUUCAGGGAAGCAGAGGCUGCUUUCGGAAAGUCAAAGGACUCAAAGGCUAAAAAAAAAUUAAGAAAAAAAACAGGAGCCAAAAGGAAAAGGAAUCUGGAGACAGUAGCAGAGCUGAGUGGGCCUGAUGUCAUUAACUCUCUGGAAACAUUAGACACCUCAGAUGGAGGUUUCUCCCCCUCAGACUCUAUUGUAGAGGACCCUUGGCUUUCUCCCAAAUAUGACGCUCAGGACAGCCAAGUUGCUAUAGAUGGAAGAUCAUCGCCCUCCCAGACUGCAACUGUCACUGGCAACAUGGAAUCUGAAGAAGAGAGAAGCUGUGACAACCCUUCCAAGAUAGGAUCUGAUGUUCUCUCUUGGCCAGAAGAAGUUCUGUCCUCACUUGGUGCAAAUGCAGAGGCCCUCCUCUCUAAGAGGGAGCAGAAGGCUUCCCGGGACAGGCUUCGAGCAGAGAGGGCCGAGAUGAGGAGGCUGGAAGUGGAGAGGAAAAGAAGGGAGCAGGAACAGCAGAAGCAGCUUCAGCAGGAGCAGCUGGAGAGAGCAAAGAAGAUGGAGGAGGAGCUGGAGCUGGAGCAGCAGAGACGUGCAGAGGAGAUCCGCUUGAGGAAACAGAGACUAGAAGAAGAAAAGCAGCGGCAGGAGGAGGAGGGGAGAAAGCAGCAGCUCCAGUUGCAAGCAGCCCAGGAGAGAGUCCGGCAGCAGCAAGAGGAGUUUCGGAAGAAACUGCAAGAACUACAGAGGAAGAAGCAGCAGGAAGAAGCUGAGAGGGCCGAGGCAGAGAAACAAAGGCAGAAAGAAUUGGAAAUACAGUUAGCAGAAGAACAAAAACACCUGAUGGAAAUGGCUGAAGAGGAACGACUGGAGUACCAACGGCAGAAACAGGAAGAAGAGAAGGCUUGGCUGGAGGCAGAGGAGAGGAGGCUAAAGGAAGAGGAAGCAGCAAGGCUGGCCCUGGAGGAAGCCAUGAAACAAGUCCAAGAACAAGCCAGGCAAAAAGCUGCUUUGGAGAAACAUCUUCGUUUCCAUCGAGAGCUCCAUAAGGAAGCCAGUGGCCUGCAGUGGACACAGAGUAUUUCCAGACCAUGGGUUUACUCUUACUUCCAGUUCCUACAAACACCCAGGCCUUAAGGCUAGAAGAAAACUAAAAAGUCUGGAUCAUCCAGAGACUGAAUGCCGAUAAAUGGAGUGGUAAAGGACUUUACCAGGCACCAUGCACUAUCAACUCCAUUUUCCAAGUUACAGAUUGGACAACUUGGAAAUAGAUGGCUGGACCUAGAAAAGGAAUUAUACUGGAAAAGAUAUUGGAAAUAUAACAAUCCUCAUUUUCAAAUGUAUAAAAUUCAUGAGAAGGGUUUUAUUGUGCCAUUGCAAAGUCAAAAGAACAAGACCUUUGCUAAGAAGCACUCUGGCAAUCAGUAUGUUGACAAUUCAGUCACAUGGACAGAGUAUCACACUUAACUACCCCCAAUGUAUUACUUGU